AUAGGUGAAAGUGGAGAUCCCAAAGCCUUUCUAGUAGAAGUUUCUUGGCCGGAAACAUAUCCACAAACAGCACCAGUCAUAUCGAUGGAUGCUUUUUUCAACAACACAAUAUCUUCAGCUAUUAAACAAAGUAUAUUGGAUAAGUUAAUGGUAGAAGUUGAAGCGAAUCUUGGAACUGCUAUGACAUACACACUUUUUGAAUAUGCCAAAGAUAAUAAAGAGCUGUUCAUGGAAAAUCAGCCUGUUAACACUGUGACUUCAGUAAGCAAUAGUAUUGCAAUUGGAACUCCUGAUGUGCCAGCAAGUAAGAAAAAAGAUAAAAAGGAGCAGUUAUCCAAAACCCAGAAACGAAAGCUAGCCGAUAAAACAGAUAACAAAGGGGAGCUUCCGCGAGGGUGGAACUGGGUGGACGUAAUUAAGCAUUUAAGCAAAACUGGUUCUAAAGAUGAUGAAUAAAGGACUUUGGUACAAGGAAACUCCACCUUUUAAUACAGUGCAAUUUUGGGUCACCAUCUUUCUCUCAAUAACUUUCAUAUUUGUUGAAGUAAACAUUUUAUAAAGCUCAAUUUCCUAACUUGCAAACCUAGUCACACAAGUUUAUCUAGAGACUAUGUAGUCUUCUUUGGAAAAAAAAAAAAAAACAAAAAAAAACUUGCCUUAAAUGAAGGUUAGAAUGUGACAAAGUAUAUAGAGAGCCAAUGUGAUGAAGUGAAUAGUGCUAUAAGCAGUGUUUAUUAAUUUAUAUUUUGCUCUGUAGUAAAAUCCUGUUAUAGUGAACCCAAUGAUACUGUAAACAUUUCCUGAUGUUCUUAUUCCAAUUGAAGAAAAAAACACUAUAACAGUGAUUGGUCACUUGACAGCAUAAUUCAUCAAAAUAAAUUAUUCCACGGAAACAAGACCUUUGUCAUUUGUUUAUCUAAUAUGAACGUAGAAGGAGAACAUAAAAAUUGUUACAUUGCAAUACAGACUAGAGCUUGUGGUCCCGUUUUCUCUAGUUACUGGCUGAAAUAGUAAAUACUAGCGAAAGCAAGGCCAAAUAUUCUAGUCUGCUCAAAAAUGAGAGGUUAUAGCAGGAGUAUGUCUUCUUUAUUCUCUGCAGUAUCCGUUAGUCUUUCUCCAGUGUGUAUCUUUACAGA